AUGACAUUUUCUAGCGAACUCAGAUACAAAGUAGGUGGUAGAAAGCUCUAUUUCAGAACAAAAACUAUAUCCAUGAUUUCAGUGAUUGGUGACGAAAUCCUGAAGGGUUCCACCAUGGAUACGAAUUCGCACUUCAUUUGCAUGAAACUACAUGAACUGGGUGUACAGGUGAAAAAGUUCAGUCAACGUUAUGACUAUGUUUUUACUACGGGUGGUGUUGGUCCUACACACGAUGACAAGACAUAUAUAGGUUUGGCUAAAGCAUUCAAUGACAACAUGCGAAAAUCAUCAGAGAUCGUUGAAGCAAUAGAAAAUUAUUUUCCCUCUGCAGGAUUGUCGAAGGAUCACUCGGUGUUUGUGGAUAAAUUGAGCACGAUACCUGCUUCUGCUCAGUUACUUUGGGGGACACGUUCAUCGGAUGGGAAAUCGUCUAACUUUCCAGUGGUUCGUCUCAGUAACGUCAUCUCAUUGCCGGGUGUGCCGAGGUUCUGUGAACGAGCGUUUGUGGAACUCAAGGUAGGCCUUGAAUCUAUCUCCUUGUCUUACUACAUAGUGGUCGAAUAUCUUGUCAGUAGUCGUAAAAUAUGA